ACCCCCCUCAUCCCUCUCCGAUUCUGAUCGUACAGCAGCAAGACAUGUCAGGGGUGUGGGUGUUCAAGAACGGCGUCGUGCGGCGAGAGAACCCAGGCGGCGGCGACUCGAUCGGCAGUCGGCGGCGGAAGAUCCUGGUCUACCUUCCCACCAACGAGGUGAUCACAUCCAAUGAGAUGCUGGCGACCAAGCUCGCGGAGCUCGGGUGGGAGCUGUACCCCAGCACCCCGGAUCUUGUCCAGUUCCACAAGCGCUCGUCGGUGCACCUCAUCUCGGUGCCGAGAGACUUCUCCAGGUUCACGUCCGUGCACAUGUACGACAUCGUCGUCAAGUGCCGGAACGUGUUUGAGGUGCGCGAUGCAUGACCCGUCCACACAUACACGCACGGGUACACGAGACACCUAUGUCAUGCUCGUGGAUUCAGGUGUGGUUCUACGCCGCAGCUGGUGUUCUCUCAUUAGCAGACAAAAAGGUUUGGUGGUGCUUGUACUAUCUGCUUGCUUGGCUUGUGCUAUGGUGUGGAAUUUGAUGUUUAAGCUGUUUGUAUCAAGAAGCAUGAGAAUAUCGUGCUAUGUGUACAUUAGGUUCUCCAUAAAC